AUUCUCCCUUUCUGUUCCGUCUGAUGCUCUUCCCCUCUCCACUUUCUCUCUCAUCGCCGGCGAUCUUCCUCUCUCUCUUCAUUUCCUUCAAUUCAAACCUCACUCCAUUCAAUUCACUUUCGAUUCGGACCUUCUUCUCUCGCGUUGCUCGAUUUCUAGAGUUUUCCGAACAAAUGGCGAGCACCGGCACCAGCAAUAUCUACAUCCACGUCAUCGAGGACGUCAUCAACAAGGUCCGAGAUGAGUUCGUCACCGAUGGGGGUCCCGGAGAUGACGUCCUUGCUGAGCUCCAAGGAAUAUGGGAACUGAAAAUGAUGCACGCUGGCGCUAUUUUGGGUCCAAUAGAUAGGUCGGCGAAGCAGAAAGCAGCAGGAGGUCCGGUGACGCCUAAUCCCGUGCAUGAUCUUAACGUACCUUAUGAAGGCACUGAGGAGUAUGAAACUCCCACUGCUGAUAUGCUCUUUCCUCCGACCCCACUACAAACACCUAUGCAGACGCCAUUGCCGGGGAUGGCCCAGACACCAUUGCCUGGAACAGCUCAGACUCCCCUUCCUGGAACAGCUCAAACUCCUCUUCCUGGAAAUGACAGCAGUCCGUACUACAACAUUCCGACUGGUGGAACACCGAUAACCCCCAAUGAGUACUCCUCUAAUAAUGACAAUGGUGGUGAAGGUCAGAUGAGAACUGGAGGUGGAAGGCCUAGCCAAUAUAUGCAACCACCUUCAUCUUGGUUGAGUCAAAGGCCACCUCUUGAUGUGAAUGUUGCUUAUGUGGAAGGUCGGGAGGAGGGUGACAAGGGAGCGCCCAAUCAUCCACCAACUCAGGAUUUUUUCUUGAUGCCUUCUGGAAAACGAAAACGUGAGGACAUUCCUCCACAAUAUCAUUCUGGUGGAUAUAUCCCCCAACAGGAUGGAGCUGGAGAUGUUUUACCUGAGGUGUUAAAGGUGAAGUUUUGAUUCUAAGCCACAUACUAGCAACAGUAAUGCUGCCACUAAGUUGUCACAGUAUCCAGCCUCCAGGCAGUUGAUUGAUAGAAUGUGUGGUUCCUGAUUCCUGAAUAAACCCCUAUUUUGGUCUUAUUAUUUCAAAUCGUUAUUUGAGAAGUAGAAGAUUGUUAACACAAACCAUUCUGGAUUAAUGAGGCUGUCCAAAUUCAUCCUUUUUAACAAGUGGGUUCUCAUGCACGAUGUAUAUUUUUAUACACAAGAAGUUAUCCAUGGUAGACCUUAUGAAUACAU